AUGCUCGGCCAGGCCCAGCAGCGCCAGGGAGGCAGAACCGGGAAUGCGCUCCUGAUUCCUGACAAAUCCUAUGCUAAUUCCCACCUUUUUCCCUCAGGGAAGGCGAGCCGGUGGUUCGGAGUGUCCCAAUCCAAAUCGGCCAAGACCAGCGUGAACAUCCUGCAGCAGGAGGAGCUGAUCGCGCAGAAAAAACGGGAAAUCGAGGCCCGGCUGGAGCAGCAGGCGCGGCAGAAUUCCCUCAGCAUCCCGCAGCUGCCCCUGCUCGGAGACGAUGAUGGCUCUGAGAACGAGGCCUCCGUGUCCAACAAGUUUGUGAACGAUGGGAGUUUCCUGCAGCAAUUCCUGAAGCUCCAGAAGGAAAAAUCCAAUGCUGAAACUGCCCCAAACCCUUCCAGCAAUUCUGGGAACGCCCCAGCCCCAAACCCCGGGAAGAAGCUGCUGGGGAAGCGGCCGGGCCAGGCCCUGAGCCGGAUGCUCCAGGCCCGGAGCCUCUCCCAUCCCAAACCCAGCCCUGUCCUGAGCCGCCUCAGCGUCUUCCAGGCCCCAGAUGAGGAUGAGGAGGAGGAUUACGAGCAGUGGUUGGAAAUCAAAG